AUGGAUAGCAGUCGUACGCCUUGUAAGCUGGUAUUAUGUGGAAAAUCAUCUGCAGAGAAUGAAAUUGCUAAAUCAUUAAUGAAUAAUAACACUCUUAAACUGCCUGAUAGUGUGGACAUCUCUGCUUUCUUGUACUCGGAGAUUAUUGAUAAGCCGCAGAAUGAAGAAGAAUCUUUCUUUAUUGAACGGUUCAUGGAUUCUCUUUCAACUAAUCGAUUCGGCAGAUUACUUAUUUGGUCUCCGCUAUUGCCUUCAACUCAUGAUGUUGUUUCCAACAAUUUUGGUGAGCUUCCAAUUGGUACAGUUUGCAUUGCUGAUGUUCAAUAUAAAGGGCGAGGUCGAUCGAAGAAUGCGUGGGAAUCUCCAGCUGGUUGCUUGAUGUUUUCGUUUUCCAUUCAAAUGGAGGAUGGGCGAGUUGUGCCUUUGUUGCAAUAUGUAGUGUCUCUUGCUGUUACAGAGGGAAUAAAGGAUGUUUGUAACAAAAAUGGCUUACCGCAUAUUGACGUUAGAAUAAAAUGGCCAAAUGAUCUUUAUUUAAAUGGCCUUAAAAUUGGAGGCGUUCUCUGCACCUCAACGUAUAGAUCAAAGAAGUUCAAUGUCAGUGCCGGUAUAGGCUUGAAUGUCGACAAUGAGAAACCAACAACAUGCUUGAAUGCAGUCUUAAGAGAAUUGUCUGGUGCUGCAUUUGCAUUAAGAAGAGAAGAUAUUGUUGCAGCCUUUUUAAAUAAAUUUGAAAAAUUUUAUGAGCUUUUCAUAAUUGGAGGAUUUCAAACUCUUGAGGAGCUUUAUUAUAAAACAUGGCUACACAGUGGGCAGAGAGUUAUCAUCCAGGAGAAGAACGAGGAUCAAGUAGUGGAGGAUGUGGUUACCAUUCAGGGUUUGACAUCCUCAGGUUAUUUGCUAGCUAUUGGUGAAGACAAUCAUAUGUGUGAACUUCAUCCUGAUGGAAACAGGGUGCGUUUGGCAAUUGGCACUAUGGACGAGACAUUUGUGGCUGCAGGUCUGCAGCCUAAACAGCUUUCUCACCACUUUAGCAAAAUAACUUUUACCAUAUCUUCAGAUGUCUUGAGUCCUUUGACUUGGUUGCAAAUUGGAAUGGGCCAAUAG